AGUGCUCUAUGGAAACAAGAUCACAGAGAUUCCCCAGGGCCUUUUUGAUGAUCUUGUGUCUCUGCAGCUGCUGCUUCUCAAUGCCAAUAAGAUCAACUGCCUGAGGGUAAACACGUUCCAAGGUCUGCAUAAUCUCAAACUGCUAUCUCUUUAUGACAACAAACUGCAGACCAUCAGCAAGGGGCUCUUUGCACCUCUCCGAUCGAUCCAGACUCUACAUUUAGCUCAGAAUCCAUUUGUGUGCGACUGCCAUUUGAAGUGGCUGGCUGAUUACCUGCAGGAUAAUCCGAUAGAAACCAGCGGUGCUCGAUGCAGCAAUCCGCGUCGCCUUGCCAACAAACGAAUCAGCCAGAUCAAGAGCAAGAAGUUCCGCUGCUCAGGGUCAGAGGAUUACAGAAGUAAAUUCACCGGGAAGUGUUUCAUGGACCUUGUCUGUCCUGAGAAGUGUCGCUGCGAGGGAACAAUUGUAGACUGCUCUAACCAAAAACUCACCCGAUUACCCGGUCACCUUCCUGAAUAUACUACUGAUCUGCGUUUGAAUGACAAUGAUAUUUCUGUUUUGGAAGCUAUCGGACUCUUCAAGAAAUUGCCCAACCUCAGAAAAAUAAAUCUAAGCAACAAUAAGAUCAAGGAGAUCCGAGAAGGCACAUUUGAUGGAGCUUCAGGAGUGCAGGAACUAAUUCUGACAGAGAAUCAGCUGGAAUCAGUGCAUGGACGAAUGUUUAGAGGCCUUACAGGGCUAAAGACAUUGAUGCUGAGAAGCAACUCUAUCAGCUGUAUAAACAAUGACACCUUUGCUGGACUGAGCUCGGUGAGGCUUCUUUCUUUGUAUGACAAUCACAUCAGCACUAUCACCCCUGGAGCCUUCAGCACAUUAGUCUCUUUGUCUACAAUUAAUUUGCUGGCUAACUCCUUUAAUUGUAACUGCCAUUUGGCCUGGCUGGGAAAAUGGUUGAGGAAGAAGAGAAUUGUCAGUGGAAAUCCACGCUGCUUGAAACCCUUUUUCUUAAAGGAUAUUCCAAUCCAAGAUGUAGAUGUCCAGGACUUCACCUGCGAUGGUAAUGAUGAAAACAGCUGCUUGCUUUCACCUCCUUGUCCUUCCCAGUGUACCUGUAUGGACUCGGUGGUACGUUGCAGCAACAAAGGGCUGCGGAUAUUGCCCAAAGGCAUUCCCAAAGACGUGACUGAGCUAUAUCUGGAAGGAAACCAUCUGACUGCUGUGCCGAAGGGGCUCUCUACCUUCAGACACCUGACACUGAUCGAUUUGAGCAACAACAGCAUAAGCGUGUUGGCCAAUUACACCUUCAGCAACAUGACUCAGUUAUCAACACUCAUCUUGAGCUACAAUAGACUUCGGUGCAUUCCAGUCCACGCGUUCAAUGGGCUCAGGUCUCUUCGAGUGCUAACGCUCCAUGGAAACGAUAUUUCCAGUGUUCCCGAAGGUUCUUUCAACGACCUGGUAUCCCUGUCCCAUCUGGCUCUCGGUACCAACCCCUUGCACUGUGAUUGCAACCUCCGCUGGCUUUCCGAGUGGGUGAAGGCAGGGUACAAAGAGCCAGGGAUAGCCCGCUGCAGCGGGCCUGACGCCAUGGUGGACAGGCUGCUGCUCACAACACCGACUCACCACUUCCAGUGCAAAGAGCCGGUAGAUAUCAGUGUUGUGUCCAAGUGUAACCCCUGCCUCUCCAAUCCAUGUAAGAACAAUGGGACAUGCAACAAUGAUCCUGUGGAGUUUUAUCAAUGCACUUGCCCUUUUGGCUUCAAG